AUGGCAGAUUCAGAGCACCAGCCGGCCGCCGCGCCGGAGCAGUCGUCAGACGACGUCGUUGCCGCGCCCGCCGAGACCGAGGCCGUCGUCGCGGUAGUCGUCAACGGGGGCGGCGACGUCGGCGAGCACGACGAUGCGGAUGUGCCCCAGCUCGAGACCGGCGACGGCAACCAUGCUGCAGAUGAUGCGGACGACGACGCGAGCAGCGUCAGCGGCCAAGACGCUGCACAGACGCCGACGAGGCACCGGCCGCAGCAGCACCUCGCGCCGCCGCAGGAAGGCUCCGAGCUCGGCUCUGUCGACGCCGACCUGGCCGACCUCACGCUGCAGCCGAUGCGUAGCCCGGUCGAGUCGCUCACCUCUGCGCAGGGUAUAUCGCCCUCGAUCCAGGGCUCGCACAUCUCCUCCCCCGGCAGCAGCGUGCUCCCCUCCUUUGCCUCUCGCGCACACCUCGGCAGUCCGACGCCGUCCUUUCGCCCCUUUGACCGACGCUUCUCCUCGCGCAUCGCCUCCCCGGGCGGCGCGGCGCUCGGCAGCCCGCGCUCCCUGUCCCCGGCCUUUCUCGGCGGCCACUCGCGCAGCGUCUCCCUCAGCUCCAACUUUCACACUGCGGACAGCGCGGACACGGAGACGACGACCCCGCCCUGGGAGGUGGUCCGCUGGACGCGCCUGCAAAAGCUCAACGCUCAGGCCUUUUCCGAGUCGGGGCGCCGCAACUUUGGCUCGCCGACGUGCCUCGCCGUCUCGGCCUCGAUCGUGCUGGGCACCUCCAAGGGCAUCAUCCUCGUGUUUGACUAUGGCCAAAACUUGAAGCUCAUCAUGGGCCCGGGCACAAAGGCCGUCGAGUCGGGCCCCGUGACCGCCAUUGCCAUCUCGGCGGACCACACCACGAUUGCGGGCGGCCAUGCGGACGGGAGCAUCUUCACCUGGGACACGUCGCGCCCGUCGCGGCCGUUUCUUAGCGUACCGCACCUGGAGAGCAGUGACGGGCCGCACCGCACAGCGGACGGGCACGUCGCCAACGUGUCCGUCAUCCACCUGGGUUUCCUGGGUACGCGUCACACGGCGCUGGUCUCGGCCGACGACCGCGGUAUGGCAUUUUCGCAUUUGGCAACUCGGGGCACGGGAGCGCUGGGCCGAACCGUCAGGACGACGAGGAUCCUCGGUCGCUACCCCGACGCGCCGAAACCGGCGGGCAAGCACGUGAAGCCGAGCACCGUUCUGGCGUUUGCCUCAUUGCCACUGGGCAAUGUCGAGUGCGCCACGGACAUUUUGGGACUGACGGCCAUGCUCACGCCCUAUCUUCUCGUCAUCGUGUCUACUACUCCAAUAGCGCAAACCCAACACAAAUCGGCGCGGCCAAAGGACGUCCCGGCCCACAGCACAAUGACGGGAUGUCUGGCCUGGUUCCCCGCCGUGAAGCUCAAGACGCCGGAUCCUGCCACCGGGAGUGACAUAUCCAAAGUGAAGCUCGCGUACUGCUGGUCCAACUUGCUGACAGUUCUCGACGUCAGCGAGGUGCCGAGCGAGGAUGACAGCCAGCCGCCGACUCUCCGCUUCAAGGCGCGCAGCAGGUGGAAGUGCGAGGAGGCCAUUGUCGCAGUGCAGUGGCUCAGCCGGUCCGUCAUCACCGUGCUCACCGUCUCGCAGCGCCUCAUUGUGCUUGAAGACAGGACCAUGCGUAUGACGGAGGCGUUUGACCUGAUGCAGCGAUACAUGUACCACAAAGACCUCUACUCGAAGCAGCUGCAUAAUUUGGUAGAGCAGCUGGAUGAGGAGGAUACUUCGAUGCACGGCGUCGUAGCGGACGCCUUUUACAUGAGCUUCAAGGCCUACAAGGGCAGGAUAUUCAUCCUGGGAUUUAAUGAGAUUUCAUUGGGUGCUCUUUCCAACUGGGCCGAUCGGCUGAUUGCCAUGAUGGAGCAUGGCGACUAUAUCGGGGCUAUCCAAUUGGCCACGUCUUAUUACACGGGUGACGCAGACAAGCUAACGGUCGGGCUGCCAGAGGACCAGACGCAACGGCAUGGCAUGGUCAAGGAUAAGGUUCUAGAAAUAAUCCGCGCAUCCCUUAGAUAUGCAUUCACGCAGCGACAAAGGGACAAGAGCGCCGCAGACGACGCACACUUGAAGCAGCUUGCCGAAACCUGCUUCGUGGCCUGUCUCAACAUUGGCAACGUUGAUUUUUUACUCGACGACAUGUUUACGUGGUACGAAGACGCCGACGUCUCGGGUAUAUUCCUCGAAGUGCUCGAGCCGUAUAUCCUGGACAGGUCCAUUGCCUUUGUCCCGCCCAUCGUAGUCAAGGACAUGGUCAGCUACUACGCGGCGCAAGGCUGGGAGAGUAGGCUCGAGGAGAUGAUCUGCCACAUGGAGACGGCGACGCUCGACCUCGACCAAGUCACGCUCUUGUGCAAGCAGCACAGCCUCUACGACGCGCUCACCUACGUCUGGAACCAGGCCAUCCGCGACUACGUCACCCCCAUGAUUGAGCUCCUCAGUCUGCUCGUACCGAUCGUCGGCAACGGCAACUAUGCCGGCGAUGCCGUCGGCGAGGACUACUACAGCAUCAACGCCGUCAAAAUCUUUCCAUACCUGUCCUACAUACUGACAAGCCGCGUAUACCCCAAUGGCGAGCCAAUGGAUGAAGAAACGGCGACUCAGGCCAAGGCCGAGAUAUACUGGUUCUUCUUUUCUGGACAGACGAUAACCUGGCCCAAAGGCAGUGGCAAGGCGUUCCUCACGCAUCCUGUGACAGAUUGUGAGCCUUCUUUCCCGUACUUGCGGCUGAUUCUGCACUACGAUGCGCCAAGCUUUUUGAGCGCGCUCAACGAGGCGUUUGAAGAUCCCUUCCUCAACGACUCCCCAGACAAGAAGACAAACGGAGCGUCAAUAGACAUGCCCGAAGAACAGAUAUUUGGACAAACGAUCAACCGGCAAUAUAUAAUGUCCAUCUUGUUGGAUGUCAUGAACCCUGACGAUUUUGCGGCGUCAGACACCAUAUACCUGGAUAUGUUUAUUGCGAGAAACUUGCCGAAAUUUCCACAAUACCUGCUUUUUUCCGGGUCGACUUUAUCCAAAGUGCUCGAGGGCCUCUGUAACUACCCCGGCCAAGACUUGGCAGAAGAUGCCCAGUUGAGUGCCGAGUACCUGCUUUCCGUCUACCAUCCAACAGACACGACUGCUCUACUGCCGCUAUUCAAAAGCGCCGGCUUUUAUCGCAUCCUAAAACGUAUUUUCAAGGUUGACAAGCAGUUUGGUACACUGAUCCGCACCUACUUUGAAGAUCCAGACGACCAGGAUCAAGUCUUUGAAUGCCUCGCUAGCUGUUUACGCCCUUCGACGAAGCUGGGCUUCCAGCAGCGCAACAAUGUUCACGAAGCCAUUCUCGAUCACGCCAGAGACUUGCUAGAACUCAGCCCAGAGAAGUCUGCCGUGGUGCUCGCCGGGGAGACGACCGAGACGCAAAAGAAAAUCCUCGACAGCGCCUCUGAUGCCCCAUAUCUCCAAUUUUCCUAUCUCAAGACGCUGCUAGAUUCUGAGCGCGAGAAGCUGCCAGAGGAGAUGCCGCCAGACCAGCAUCUCAUUGAGCAGUAUGUGCGCCUCAUGUGCAAAUUUGAGCCCCUACACGUGUCGGACUACAUCAACCGUGUCCAAGCAGGGGAUCUGCGACUCGACCAAGUCCUGCCCACCAUGGAAGAGAAUGGUGUCGUGGAUGCUGCCGUGACAAUACUGACGCGCGAUGGGCUCGUGGAAAAGGCCAUGCAGCGGCUGGUUAGGCACUUUGGCACGCUCGAGUCGGCGCUUCAAGGCGUGCUGUCCGGCGCCGCGGACUGGCAGGAAGACCCCGUCGACUUGCAAGCCUCGAUUGAAGAAUUGCUCCAGGGUCUGCAAAAGUACAUGUACGUUGGUAUCUGGCUUUGCCAAGGACAGCGGAAACAAGCCAAAAGGGUCACGCAGGUGCAGAAACGGGCCAAAAAUGCCCCGUCGGCUCUAACCACCGACGAGUCCCUGUGGUUGCAGCUGAUCGAGGCUGCGGUCAAGCUCACGAAGCAAAUAUCGCCCGACAUUCAAAAGGCGGUCGCCGAUGUAGACAUGGACGGCGAGCGACUCCUGACGCUGCUGCGGUCGUUGGUGCAGCAUACCUUUACCGCUCUGCUGGCGUCCACGUCGGGGCAGAACCCGGGUCAGCCGACGUCGAAGCUACUCGCGGCCGGCGGCACCAACCUCUCCUUCUUGCGUGUCCUCCGCGCGUUUCUCACCAACGCCGCGGCGUCGUCGCCCAACCUGGCCGACCUGCGCGGCGUCCUUGCGUCCAUCUUUUCCGCCUACGCCUACGAGGAAUCCAUCCUGCGGCUCUCCAACCGGCUGCUGGACCGCAGCCUGUUUGUCAAUGUCAGCCAGUCGGUGACGCUGCGCCAGCGGGGUUGGCGGCCGCGCGGAUCGACGUGCGAGCACUGCGGCCGCCGCGUCUGGGGCCCGGGUGUUGCCGGCGGCUCCGUGUUCGAGGCCUGGGAGGCGCGGCAGGCCCUCGAGGACGCGGGGCGGCUGGAGAAGAAGCACCGGGCGGCGGGGGAGCCGGGUGCCGAGACCGCCGAGGGCAAGGGCAAGGGCAAGAGCUUGGAUACGAGACCAGCGAGCAUGCUGCUCGAGGACAAGGUCGCCGACGGAGCAGCAGCCGCGGGCAGGGACCCGCCUCUAGGCCCCCUGGUCGUCCUGGCUUGUCGCCAUGUAUACCACCAGAGCUGUCUGGAUGCGGUGCAAGAUAAGCAGGAAAAUGGCACGGGACCGGCGCGGGAUAGAGAAUACCGGUGUCCGAUUGAUGGAUAG